AUGGACAUUGGCGUCGGCGAAACAAGCUUGCUCGCAUCUUUCCAGAAGGACCGGGGCGACUUGGCACGGACGUUGAUCUGGAGCAAGCGGGCGGCAGACGAGAUUGCUACUAAGUUUGAGAGCAUCGAAGGUAUGAACACCUUGUCCAUACAGAUCAUCGGCCAGACGUGCAACGUUGGCGCCAUGAAGAUUCUCUUUGCGCUGUCGGAUGCUCUGUCAAUCGAGGAUGAUGUACAGGUCUGGCUCACACUGGACGAAACCUUUAACUAA